AUGAGGAAUAUAGAUACAAAUUUUAAAUUGGGCGACAAAAUUGAUGAAGCAGUCUCACAUUACAUUGAAACUCAUCAAAACACUGAGGCAGUUGAUGCAAACUCCUUAUCAUUAAACGUCCAAGAUGAUGGAGGAGGGAGAGUUGUUACAGUCAUGCAUCCCCAAAGUUAUUCACAACAAGUUUGCCGGCAGGUAUCUGUUGGAGAACAAAUGGGUGAUGGACCCUGGGUAGAGGAACUGUUAGACGGUAGAUUAGCAGCACUUGUUGCACAUUUAGCGCAGCCAAGUCGAAGUUCUCAUCAUCAUGGUCAAACCUCACAUCAUAAGAUACCAACAACAAUUAGAGGUGAUGUAGAUACAUCUGUGAUUCUAGAUGGUUCUAUGAGACUUUUUAGCAGUCAUUCUUUAGAGCAGCACCAUGAAGCACUUACGGUUCAAGUGUCAGAUUUACCAACACUGCCCCCAUUGCAAGAUAUGAAGAGGUGUCCAGAUACAUCUUGGUUUAACAAGGAUAAAAAUUCACUGAAGGAAAAUGGUGAUAUGUUACUAGAGGAUAGUCAAGUGCUAGAAAUGUCCAGUGGUUCCCCCAUGCAGUGCAAGCAGAAUAAGAAAAGUCUGCCUCACAAGAAGAGAAUUUCUAGGAAAUUGAAGAGAAAUACAGGGAACACAACACCUAGCCAAGAAGAUAUAGUAUUUAUUCAAUGUAACGACGAGGUGCAACAAGAACAAGAGGAAAUUCACCCGGACAGUUUUGUGGACCCUCUUGUUCGACACCAGGAGACUGGACACAUCCCUGACACUCAUGUACCACAUAUCCGAGCAGUGUUGGUAUGUCAGCUGUGCGGGCAGUUCUAUGGUGAAGAACAGCUUAAAUUCUACCAGCAUUUACGUCACCAUUAUGAACCUCAAACCUCCAUCAUCAUGGAGAACCCUGUCGUACCUGAUAUAGGAAUAGAUAAGAUAAGCAAUACUUGUAUAGUAGACAAUGGAGUAACACUUCCCGACUCGAUAGUAGAGCUGUCUCUCGAAGGCACUGUACCAAAGACAAUCUACCAGGCCAUGGACAAGCACAUUGUCUAUGACAAACAACUUUAUAAGUACUCUAUGGGCAUAGAUAAGGAUGUAGAGGGCGAAUUAGAUGAUACCUUAGACAAAUUGGAGCUCUAUUGCUGUGUGAAGUGCAAUAAGUCCUUCAGAAAACAAAAGCAGUGUGAAGCUCAUAUACGGGAGGUGCAUGCUUCGAAGAUAGAAGACAUGGGCGAAUUCAGCGAGCCAGAAGAUUUAAUGGAAGGUAUACACGUGGCGGUAGAUGAGGGGGAACAUGAACAAGAGCAGCACGAACAGCACGAGCAACAGCACCCUGACCCGACGCACGACCAUGAGGUUCAUGAGCAGUCUCAAGAACAACACGCUCAGUAUGACACAGUGUUGCCACACUUAACAGUUGAAAAUGGCCACGUACACCAAGAACAUGUUAGGCAUUGGUACUCACGCAGUGGAGGCGAGAGCCCAGAAGUGGGUCCACUCUGCGCAUGCGGCGGUGCAGGUUGCUGUCCCGUGUGCGCGCCUCCUUACACUCACCAAAGGCCGUAUCAAGUGACUAAAGAGGAAGUUUUGGAGAGGAUCUUGGAGAACGAAGAGCAACAGCCAGAACCUCCACCUCCACGAUUGGAGAAGCCUCAUUCAGAUACAUCCAAGAGCAAGAAGAAGACGGAUAAGAAGUUCGAGUGCGUGCAAUGCGGUCGGGUGUUCGAGCACCGGAACAGCAUGGUGUACCACCUUCUCAUGCACAAUGAGAGGAAGCAUCCGUGCCUCGAUUGUGGAAAGAGGUUCUAUACAUCCACGUCUCUUAAGGUCCACAAGCGCACUCACGACGGUGUCAAGCCCUGCGAGUGUACGGUUUGUGGACAACGGUUCCGCCGCAACGGGGACCUAAAAUACCAUACAGCGUCCAAACAUUCCAAUGAGAAACUGUUUAAAUGCGAAUUUUGCAACAAGGAAUUCGCCCGUCGCUACUCGCUCAAUAUCCAUCGGCGGAUACACACAGGCGAGAGGAAUUACAAAUGUGACUUUUGCCCGAAGAGCUUUCGCGCCGCUUCAUACAAACAGAUACACAUGCGGACACACACUGGUUUGAGGCCAUAUCAGUGCGCUCAUUGCGACAAAUGUUUCCGUGUAUCCUAUGACAUGCGACGUCAUGUACGCGUCGUGCACGAAAAGUCAAAGAAAGAUGACGAAGUUAAAAAGCAAACAGAGAAGACCACUAAAAAAGAUGACAAACAAAAGAACAAAGAUGACAAAAAGAAGGUCGCCAAGAAACCGCCGAAUGUCACAAUACAAAACAAAGCGGUUAAACUCAAUCAAAAGGACUUGCAAAGGAGGGACGGGUGCUACUUACGGCUUAGCGAUUAUGAAGAGAAGACCAAUAUUAAAAUGGAAAGCGAGCUUUUAAAGAACCAAAAUGGCAACGCCAAGAUUGAAUUUCGCGAGAAUACAGAUGGGGAGAUGCCAAUUUUCUCCCAAGUGGAGAAGGUGACGGCGAACCAUAUACCAAUGGGGACUCUUAAGAAUGUCGACAUUAAUCGGGAAAGAGAACUGCCCGGAGACAUAGAGAUGUUUGAUAAAUUGGCGUUCUACAAUAUACCCGCUGUUUAA